AUGAAACCCAAUCCAGCUACGAAGACGCCGAUCGCAGCGUCUAAGUCUACAAAUGACGCGGAAGUAGACUCAAACUUGGAGCCCACACCAGCUCCGAACGUCUCAUCUUUUCGUUGGAAAACCUGCAUGAAUGAGACUGAACGGGACCGUGUCGACAUCAAGCAGCAGGCUGUUCUAGAUGCCUUGAGGCUAGGAGAGCGGUUGAGCAACAUCUUGAGAAGUCGAAUCAACGACAAGGAUGGAGCAAUAAUGACCGAAGAUUUAGAAGAAUGGGAGGCUCAGUUUGGUGCCGUCAAAGAGUCUUAUGAGACCCCUCAUUCUACAGUCGGCUUGAUUGGGGCGCUCGGAUCCGGGAAGAGUACUCUUCUCAAUGCAUUGCUUGGAGAGCGAGAGUUGCUCCCAUCCAGCAGUGACAGAGCUGGGACCGCUGUUGCAUGCCAGGUUGUGUACAAUCAUGGGUGUCAUGGCUACCGAGCAGAAACUCUUUUCCGCAGCCGUCAGAGUUUUACUGAUGAGUUGGAUGAGUUGUUUGAGAACCUUAAGAAGAAGCGGAAACUUCAAGCGAGGAUGGCAGAAGACCCAGAGGCUGCUGAGAACGAAGAGAUCGAAGGUGAGCUUGAAGACCUGGAAAAGAUCACAACCGAUACCCUCGAAACGCUUUUUGUCCUCUUGGGAGUCAAAGAGGAUGACCUGAGUGUGACUUCGACAAAAGAAUUCCUCGACGACCAUCCACUGGAAGUCCUUGGAACCAUGAUGGAAGUAACAGAGACAGAUCGCGAGAUUUUCGUGACCAAGAUCAAACCGUUUCUGGACUCGACCCCUGCCAACUAUGGCGGUCGAGAACUGACUCUUUGGCCUUUAAUUGACCAUGUGACUAUCUACGUCAAUUCAGAUAUCCUGAAGUACGGAAUUCAACUUGUUGACCUGCCUGGUCUGGGCGAUGCAGUGGAGGGACGUUCAAGGGUCGCAGAACGAUUUGCCAAAACUCUUGACAUCACCGCCAUUAUCGCACCGGCGAUUCGUGCGACCGAGGAAAAGACGGUCAUUGGAUUCACUAAACGGCGCCAAGAGGACGCAAUGCGUAUGAAUGGAAAAUUUGACCGAGACUCGCUUUGCGUCGUUGUGUCGAAGAGUGAGGACUUGGACCCGAAUAACUAUUUGAAAGAGAAAUGGAUUGCCAAGAACCACCCAGAUUUGGAAGACCAUCUCAAACGAGCUCAAGAGCUGGACAAGACGAUUCGAGAAAUUGAAGCUGGACUUAUUGACCCUGAGCCCGGAAUGCUGGGACACAACACGAAUGCUGCAAGCGAAGGCAGUGAAAUAGAGUCCCAUCGGCGGCAAUUCCUCAACCUCAGGGAGUCUUUGAAACAGACUGCUGUGUUCGUUCGCAACCGAAAUAUUUCUGAGCGUAUCCAGAAAGGAUUCCGUGAGCGACUUGUGCCAGCUAAAUCGUCUGAUUAUCACCAGGUCGACGAUGACACCAUCGAAGUAUUUCCCACCAGUGCUCGCGCUUACCAGGAGAUUCGACAUCCUGGUGGCGAAAAGGAGACAGGCUUCCCAGAUGAGAACUACACUGGAGUCCCCCGAUUCAUGCAAUGGCUCUUCGAGGUGACAUUCAAGAGGCGGGAGAAACAUCUUGAUGCAACCUUGAAUGAUCUGGCGAGUUUGUUUGCCAGGAUGCAAUCUUGGAUUUCUGCCCUUGACACUGUGGCAGUGGCUCCAAUUGACGGUCUGCAUGAACUUGAGUCUAUACAUCGACGUUAUCAUCGAGCACUUACCACCAUUUUGAGGCAAUCUGGCGAGCAACUAAGGCAGAUUGAGCCUCUAAAGGCGAAAGAAGCGGCACUGGCCUUAUGCCGAAAAGAAUAUCCCGGCAAGAUUGAUCGUUGGCGCUUUACAUACCCUGACAGACCCAUAUCCGCCCUCAAGCUUCACGCGAAUGUGCAGACUUGCAUCCUGCGGAAGAAUGGUGACUAUCAUCAGAGCAAGGGCAAGUACCCGCACGAGUACCAGUGGAUUGAUGUCCUUGCUCAUCUUUUUUUCAACGAAAUUUACGUGGAUUGGGCGCACGCUUUCCACAUUAUUGUUCCCAGCUACGAAAACAAAAUUCAAGACUCAUUGGAACAUGUGUGGCGGCGUUACAUGAUGGCCCUCGACGGCUUUUGCAACAAGCCUGAGACUGCGCAGGCCCGAUUUAUUGGCAAAGUCCGAGAAGCUAUCGAGAACGCCGAGACACACCUAGGACACAAUAUCUAUCAGAGCCUCGCGCAUCUGGAGAGUGGUGCACGAGACGUUCACCCUCUCUUCCAGCAAGAGAUCCAGAGGAUCAUGAAACCGGUGUUCCAAGAGGCGUAUGAGACCAGGGGCGCCGGUUGUGUCCGCAAGCGAGAUGAGAUCUUGAAGCGGUUCGCCAGAGACCAUUCCGCAGACAUGGCUGUCAAAGCCUGCGAGGAAAUGGAGGCCGGGCUAGAAAAGCUCCUACAACGGCACGUCGAAGCUCUCGAGGGACACGCGACUGGCGCCGUCAGAAUAGUAAGGAGGCAGAUGAGGCUGCUUCUUGGGAUCAACCAGGCCGCCGUGAGUCCUGCUGCCAGGGACAAUCAGCGACGGCUGGCGGCGGAGAUCAACCCACACCUGACAUCAUGGAAGCUUUGUUGGCAGAAGCCAUCAAGCCAGAGGGAGGAUCAUGUCAUGAGGGGGGACCUAAGCAUCCCAGAGCCUGAGCUCAUCAAGGUUAAGGGUGCUGUCUAG